AGUUUUCCCUAUUCUAAUAUAUCAUUGUGUAUUACACAGGUUUGCUCAAGGAUUACAUAUCAGACAAAUUGAUAUGAUGCAAGAUGACAUUGCAAAAAGUUCAAGAACUCUUUCUAAGAUGGCUCAUGUCCUCAGGAAUGUUUGCCACCGUGCCAUGAAACGACUCAGAAGAAGAAGCGGACAGAUGAUUGGAAGUCGUCAAGAAUUUGCAGUUCUUGAUGAAAGCAACUUUCGUCAUAAACGAAAGUAUGGUCGAGGGAGAGCAUCAGCAACGUGGCGGCGAAAGAAAUGGGUGUUCGGCGUGCUAGGUGUGAGGGAUAGAUGCCGACACCCAGUCUUGCGGCUUGUGAAAAAAAGAUCAAGACGUCACCUCAUCCCCAUAGUUGUUAAAUAUGUGAAUCCAGGCACUACUAUUAUUUCGGAUGAGUGGAGAGCUUACAGGAGGGUUUUGGCAAAUAUGGGCUACAAUCAUUUUACAGUGAACCAUUCCCAGUGGUUUGUAGAUCCACACAGUGGAGCUCAUACUCAGCACAUUGAAAGAGCUUGGCUGAAAUAUAAAACGGGCAUAUGGAGACUAAGGGGGAAUAGGACCGAGAAGAUGCUCAAAGAACACCUCUCACUCAUUGAGUGGACUCACUGGCUUGGUGACAAACAUAAACAUGGACCCCUUGGACGUCUAAUAAAGGAUAUUUCCAGUGCAUUUCCUGUUUAGAGGACAACCUACUAAAAAAAAGUUUUAUGUAAAGUACAUUUAUGUUAAGUUAAGCAACUUGAUUUUAGAUGUCGUGUAUCUUAUUUCUCGGUUUUUAAGGAGUGUUUUAAAAUCAGAUUUUUGUUUUAUGUUUAGCAUUGAUGUAAGAUGCAGCAUACCUUACAUUUAAAAAGCUUUGUUAAAUUAAAGCUCC